AUGGCGCUCAGACUCCCCGCAACAUCCUUCACGGCUGCUCCUCGUGGUCUGCUGGCCCGCAGUGCUGCAGCAUCGGCGAGACGCAGCUACUCGACGCCGUCCAGGGUUGCAUUCGCUGAAUCGUCCUCGUCCGGUGGUGGGUCUCGCGCUACGACCAAGCAGGGCUUCCUUGAUUCACUUUUGAGAGGAUCUGAGAAGGCGCAGGCAGAGGGCGCCACCACACAAAGUCACUCGGCCAGCGUCGCCCGCGGUCGCUACAUUCACGAGAUCCAGCGUCACGAUGUCAAGCCGGACUGCAUCGAGGAAUACAAGAGAGUGCUGGCGGAGUGGUACCCAAAGAUUUCGGGCGAGGCACAGAACAAGGCGAGGUUGACGGGUAGCUGGGAGGUCACGCUGGGUGAUGUUGAGACGUUUUAUCACAUCUGGGAGUACAACGGCUACGCCGGGUAUGAUGCCAGCCAAGAAUCCAUGAAGCAGUCCAAGGUCCGAGACCAACUCCACGCCGCCAUCCGUCCUUUGAUCAAGCAUCGCUCCAACUGGAUCUGUCAGGAGUUCGCUUUCUGGCCAACGGCCGAACCUCAAUCCAAGGGUGGUGUCUAUGAACUUCGCACCUACCAUCUGAAGCCAGGCAAACUCCUCGAAUGGGAGCAACACUGGCGUCGCGGACUCGAGGCGCGACAGAAGUACACCGAGCCUGUCGGAGCGUGGUUCAGCCAGAUCGGGGCCUUGCACACCGUCUUCCACAUCUGGCACUAUCCUUCGCUGGAGGAGAGGAAGAAAACGAGGGACGCAGCGUGGCAGGUGGAGACUUGGCCCAAGACGGUGACGGAGACUGUCAAGCUGAUCGACAAGAUGCACGCUCAGAUCAUGGAGCCGCUGCCCUUCUCGCCGCUGAAGUAG